CCUCCUCGUCAAACUGAAAAAGAAAAAAAAAAACCCACCAUUUUUUUUAACCUUUUUCUUUCCCAAAACACUUUCUCCUUAAUCUCUAAGAGCUCAUUUCUUCUUUCUCUAUGAACGGUCUUGGUCAUAUUUAUAAUCCUCAAAAAGACCUCUAAUAAUCCUAACAACCCCAUAAAAGCAAACACUUUUUUUUUUUGUUUUUUGUUUUUUAUUUUAAAGAACCCUAGAUGUUUGAGCCAUGGAAAUAGCCUCUACAACAAUCACCGCCACCACCGCCAACGUCACAGCUGCAGGCACCACAAAAUCCCCAGAAGCCGAGAGCGAGACUCCGACCCGGAUCCAAUCCGCCAAGCCCUUGUCGUUCAGCAACGGAGUACUGAAACGCCACCACCCCCAUCACAACAAUCACCACCACCAACACCACCACCACCACCACCACCACGCCGUCGUGGUGACGUACAGAGAAUGUCUGAAGAACCACGCGGCCAGCCUCGGCGGCCACGCCCUCGCCUGUGGCUGCCACCGCAACUUCCACCGCCGUGACCCCGACGAUCCUCUCCCCACCGCCACCACCAACCCUUCCUCCGCAGCCGCCGCAACUCACGUAAUCGAAUACCAACCCCACCACCGUCACCACCCCCCGCCGCCACCCAACCGCAGCCCCAAUUCCGCCUCUCCACCGCCGAUUUCCUCUUCCUACUACCCCUCCGCUCCCCACAUGCUCCUAGCUCUCUCCACUGGAGGAGCCGCGCCCCAAGAUAACCAUAACCAUAAUCAUCUCGCAGGAGUGGGACCCACGGGUGCUGCUGCUGCUGUGGUGGCUGCUCCUCCUGGCGUCAUUACGCCGAGCUCGAGCAGCCGGAAGCGAUUCCGGACGAAAUUCAGCCAGGAUCAGAAGGAGAAGAUGUGCCAAUUCGCGGAGAAAGUCGGGUGGAAGAUGCAGAAACGGGAUGAGGAGCUUGUCCGGGAGUUUUGCGGCGAAAUCGGAGUCGACAAGGGAGUUCUCAAAGUUUGGAUGCACAAUAAUAAGAACACUUUUGCGAAGAAGGAUCACAAUAACAAUAAUAACAGUGUUAAUGGAGGUCAGAACAGUAUUUUGGAGCAAACCCACAACAACAACAACAACAACAGUAUUAAUGGCAAUAACAGCAACGACACCACCAAAGGCGACGGCGAUGGCGACGACGACGACAACGACAACAUGGAGGAUGAUCCAAACCACUACGAUCAAGAUCACCGUCAUCACCAUGGUGAUGGUGGAGCGGGACAUCAUGUAUCGACUAAUGGGUCUUCAUCUUCAUCUUGAUCCUUUUGGAGAUAAAAUUAAUAAGGUCAUGUUAAUUAGAUAGAGUAAGAGACUUUGGUAUUAAAUUUUAGUUGUUUCUUAAUUUACUCUUCUUUCCUUUUUUUUUCUUUCUUUGUUUAGUGUUAAUUAAUGAGAUCGUUACUUUGUUGAGGAUAUAACAUGCGAGCGAUUGAAUGAUGCAA